UCCUGGUAGGCAAGGAACGCAUUGAACCUUCGUUGCCUACCGUUGUCCCUCGGUCACUAAUCAGUAUUUUUUACGUGCCAACAUGUCAGACAUCGAUGUUAAUGAUGACGGAACGUUAACCCAUUUAACAUUUGAUAGCCUGUCACGGGAACGUUAUUUGGCUAAAAUUGCCUUAAUUGGGGGUGUUGAUCCGUACACCACACCAGUUGAUGGUAUGGUGGCUUUAACAGCGGCAGUCAGAUACCCAAAUGUGGAGUACCACGAUGUGUAUCAUUAUUUAGUGAACACGCCCUCCCCAUACACAGGAGCAGACUUGAAAGCAUACAAGUCCCUUGACGCGUUUAAUUUCGUGAUCAAUGGAUGGGUGAGAAAUAUACUCGUCCAAGAAACAGCUGAUGACAUAUUCGCCACAACAGCAUCGGUAUUCCAUUCACAGUAUUUGAAUAAGGAGCCUUUGAAAGCGUGGCUGGCAGCGAAAACGGAUGGCACUAUUAUUACAGCCCACUGCACGUGUAAAGCUGGACUAAGCGAAGCAUGCUCACAUACUGCAGCUGUCGCUUUUGCCCUGUAUGUUUAUGCGAAGUCCAAGCAGGAUGUCGGUGUCACUCAGUUGCCUUGUUCAUGGUUGGGGAACUCAUCUACAAAGGAAAGUCCGGCCCAGUAUGCUACCCUGGCCGUUAUUGAUUUUACUCGCCCUGCAAAGAGGUUGACAUCUGUCCUUCAUGUGCAGCAAGGUCCAACCAGACAGGCACCAUUUCAGAGAAACCCAAUUUUAGCACCAAGUCAGAUUGAGAAAGCAGAAUUCUACAGAAGUCUACAUUCAUCCAACCCAACUGCUGCACUUCUCUCCAUACUUCCUACAUACUGUGAGGCAUUCAUACCCAAAUCACACUCCAUCCCAAAGCCACUCUCGUCACUAUACAAUGCAGAGAAUCUGCAGAAAGACUACAAUCAACUCCUGGAAGAGAGUAACAAGAUUCUUUGUGGAGAUCUGCUGAAUAUCACUGAAGAACAGGUAAACAUCAUCAUAGACAGCACCAGAGAUCAGUACAAGUCAAAGGUGUGGUUUGGCCAGAGGUGUGGGAGAGUCACAGCAUCUGUCUGUAAAGCUGUUGUCAAGUCUGAUGUGUAUAACCCACCAAAAUCACUGAUCAAGUCCAUCUGUUACCUUGGGAACACUAAUUUUUCAACUAAAGAAACUAGGCAAGAUGUCUUCAGUAUAUUGUGGAAACUUAUUUAUUAA